CUGUGUUCCCAGUUUCAAGUGCAAGUGCAUUUCAACAAUCAUCAAGCUCACCUCAUUUUGGAAACAAGUCGCCCUCAAAUGUCUACCCACAGUUAUCAAAGUCAUCCCCAAAUAUGUUACAAAACAAUUCAAGAGCAAUGACAAGUGGGUUGCCCCAGGGGUCCAGGUCUACUCCAGGCCUGCUCAAACCACCCGCGAAGUUCAAAACUCCAUUUUUGGAUUUGAACUCAAGUCCUUGGGAAGAAUCUCACUCUGAUCUCUUUGACGAUAGUGGUGCUGGAGAUACAACUGCGGCUGAGACUUCGGUACAAAAGAAGAGAAUGUUCUCUCCGUCUGCUUUCAAGCCUGGAAUGAGGACAACAGUCAAUGUGUCUCCUCCUACAUUCAAGAAACCAGGGAGUUUAGUGUCGUCAGCGUUAAAGAAGCAAAGCCCUUAUGGUGGAGAGUCGUCAACUCAAUGGAUUUCUCAGGUGAAUUCCCCUCAGCAUCAGUCUGAAUACUUCAACAUUGAUGACGUUGAUGAUGAUAUGCCACUUGUUAAUCUGACACCUCGGAAACCUACCCUACAGAAACGGAGUAGUUCAGUGACUCCUAGCCAAGCCGUGAAAUUCAAAGAGAAGUGUUCCCCUGGCAACUUUGUACCAUUACACAAGCAGUUCGGCAUGACAUCGCAUCCCAGCAUGGAACUCUCGAAGGACGAUGGGAGCACGGGAGAAUUCGAUGGUCACCGCUACCCCCACGGCAACGAAAUGCUCAAGGCGUUCAAGCAAAUCUUCGGGCUGCGGACAUUCAGGAAGAACCAGCUGCAGGCGCUCAACGCGGCAAUCAUGGGCCUAGACACGUUCAUCCUGAUGCCGACUGGGGGAGGGAAGAGUUUGUGUUACCAGUUGCCAGCUGUUAUACAGGAAGGCGUCACGAUUGUCAUAUCACCACUGAAGUCACUUAUACAAGAUCAGGUGCAGAAAUUGGUGUCACAAGAUAUCAUUGCAGCUCACCUGUCUGGCGACAUAACCAUGCACAUGGCAGACAAGGUCUACAAGCAACUCCACCAACGUGACCCUGGCAUAAAGCUUCUCUAUGUUACACCUGAAAAGGUUUCAGCCAGUGUGAAGUUACAGUCAUGCUUUGAACAUCUCUACUCGCGGAACCUGCUGGCAAGAUUCGUGAUUGACGAAGCUCAUUGUGUGAGCGGUUGGGGCCAUGACUUCCGUCCUGAUUACAAGAAGCUGUACAUUCUGCGUGAGAAGUUCCCCAACGUUCCCAUGAUGGCACUGACUGCUACUGCAACACCCAGGGUCAGGAAGGACAUUCUUCAUCAACUCAGGAUGAAUGAUCCUAAGUGGUUCAUGCAGAGUUUCAACCGAGCUAACUUGAAAUACCAAGUCCUGCCAAAGAAAGCAAAGUCAUUGACAGCAGAUAUUAUCAACCUCAUCCGGGCCAGAUUCCAUAGCAAGACAGGCAUUGUCUACUGCUUAUCAAGGAAAGAAUGUGAUAAAGUUGCGGAAGAGCUGAGCACUGCUGGUAUCCAGGCUCACUCCUAUCAUGCUGGCCUCAGUGACCCUGAGAGAACGGCCGUGCAGGAGAACUGGCUCAAUGAGAGAAGAUGCAAGGUUGUGUGUGCUACCAUAGCAUUUGGUAUGGGGAUAGACAAGUCAGAUGUGCGAUUUGUUAUUCAUUUCUCAAUCCCCAAGUCCAUUGAAGGUUACUAUCAGGAGUCUGGUCGUGCGGGCAGAGAUGGGUUGCCAUCAACGUGCAUCCUCUAUUAUAACUAUUCGGAUGUGGCAAGAAUCAGAAGAAUGAUAGAAUCUGAUCAGACAUCUGACUACAAUUCCCGUAAGGUUCACAUGGACAACCUGUACCGGAUGGUGGCCUAUUGUGAAAACAAGAUGGACUGCCGAAGAGCACAGCAACUCGAGUACUUCGGAGAGUACUUUGAGAAGGGUGAAUGCAACUCCAUUCCAGAAUGCAUCUGUGACAACUGUGCUUCAAAGGAUGAGUUCUGUGUUCGGGAUGUUACGGCCGACGUCAAGCUCAUCGUUCAGAGCGUCAAGAUGGUCAACACAAAUGGCAGAUUCAACAGAAACUACACCCUCAUACACUUCACUGAUGUCCUCAAAGGUUCUGCUAGCAAAAAAAUCCUAGACCAAAACCAUGAGAAAUUGCCCAUGUAUAACCUUGGAGGCAAGACAUACAGCCGUAAUGAUGGAGAGAGGUUGAUGAGGAAGCUUGUUGUUGAAGGGAUAUUGACAGAGGAGUUGAUUCUUACCAGAGAUGAACAUACUGUUUGUUACCUCAGGCCGGGUAAGAGGGCAGACGAAGUCUUACAAGGGAAGAGAAUGGUCCACUUUCAAGUUGAGACAAAGAAGAAGGCGAAGGAGAAGGUGGCGAUCGGUGAGGAGCCAAAGCAUGAUGAGUGUGUCCGCAAACAGUACUCUGAGGCUUGUUACCAGGAGCUUCUACAACUUUCUAGGAACAUUGCUCGGGAGAAAGGCCUGGUGGCUAGUUCUUCAGGCAUAUUGACUGAUCUGAUCCUGCGUGCCAUGGCCAACCGCCUACCUGUCUCUGAGAAUGAGAUGUUAGAGAUUGACGGUAUUACACCCAGUCGAUACAAAAACUGUCAAGGAGAACGGUUCCUACAGGUCACCACAAACUACAUGACGAUGGUUGCUUGCCUUGGUGACAUGGACAUGGAGGCUUUCACGGCAGAUUUCGAGGAAGAAGAUGGCUUACACAUGCUGUCCACACCUGCAUCAACGUCCUCUGCUUACUUCCAGUCCAAAACAAAGGGAAAGCCCAACCUCAAACCAUAUGCAUACCGAGGUGGAUUCAAGCGGAAGAAAGGCUUUGGAGCCUCAAGUCAAAAAGCUAAGAAGGUCAAACGAAGAUGAAGCAAAUAGGGCGUAAAGAUGGGCAUUUCAAAAAGGAUCACGGAUGACAUCACUGUGUCUUACAAUCAUAGAGUUCUUCUUGAGUUGUGACAUUGACUUUUAUCAUAAGGAGAGAAAGUGCAGUCACUUUUCUGCAGGAGGCGCUUUUUGAUUAGACUGUCCUUGGACUUUGACACAAUC